CACCGUGCCAUGCCCAUGCAUAUAUUAAAGUAGUCCACCAAGAAUUCAAGAUCAAGCCAUGGCAGACUUGCUCCUCGUCACCUUGCUUCCAUUGGCGGCUCUCCUCUUCCUCGCCCUCCACCAUGCACCCCACAUCAAAGCUCUCCUCACGAGGGCCAUGUCGGUUCUAGCACCGGAGCUCUCCACGGUGUGGAAGCCGCAGCCAGCUAGCAUCUUCGUCACCGACCACGAGACAGCGCACAGCCUCCUCGUGCGCGGCAGCGCCGGCGGCUGCUUCUCCAACCGCCCACCGUCCAUCUCUCCCAGCGCCAUCCUCUCGCGCCGUCGACACCAGAACAUCACCUCGGCUCCCUACGGCCAGCACUGGCGCGCCAUUCGUCACAACCUCACGUCGGAGCUCCUCCACCCGGCGCGGCUCCGUCGGCACGCCGCGGCCCGCCGCGCCGCGCUCCAUGGUCUCGUCGUCGACCUCGCCGAGCAGAGGAACAAGGGCGUGGUCCACGCGGCCGAGAGCAUCCGCUACGCCAUGUUUGGCCUCGUCGCCACCAUGUGUUUCGGGGAUGGCAUCGACACAGGCCGCCUCCGUGCCAUGGCCGACGCCCAGAGUGACCUCGUCAAGUCCCUGGCUACGGCGCGCGUGUUCGCGCACGCCAAGCUCCCGGCGGUGACCAGGCUUGUUUAUCGCAAUCGGUGGAAGAAGCUAGCCUUCCUGCGGCAGCAACAGGAGGAGACGUACCUACCGCUCAUCGACUCCCGUCGCGGCCGGCGCCCGAAAUCCGGCGAGCCGACGGUGUACGUGGACACGCUCAUCGACCUCCUGGUGCCGGACGACCAAGCUAACAAACCAAGGCGGCAACAAAGAAGGCUGUCCGACGGUGAACUCGUGGGCAUGUGCUCCGAGUUCCUUGGUGCCGGAACAGAAACUACGGCCUCGGCACUGCAGUGGAUCAUGGCCAACCUGGUGAAGCACCGAGAGAUACAGGAAGCCCUCCGGAGGGAGAUCGAUGCCUUCGUGUGCGCGGACGCCGAGGAAGUCAGCGAGGACGUCCUUGGGAAGCUGGAGUACCUCAACGCUGUGAUCAUGGAGGCGCUCCGGCUGCAUCCGCCGACGUCUUUUGCGUUCAGGCAGGUGAUGGAAGAGGACAAUGUGGUUCACGACGGCGAGCGUAUUCCGGCGGGCACCAAGGUGUACUUCCCACUGGCGGCCAUCGCACGAGACACGACGGCGUGGGAUGAUAACCCUGACGAGUUCAAGCCACAACGGUUUCUGGCGUGCAAGUGCAAGGAGGAUGCUUCCCAAGGAACCGACGGCACCAUCAAAAUGAUGCCUUUCGGUGGUGGUCGGAGGAUGUGUCCUGGUAGGGGUGUCGCCAUGCUGCACUUAAGCUACUUCGUCGCCAACCUCGUGAGGGAGUUCCGGUGGAGGGAGGGAGAAGGCGAGCUCGCCGUCGAUCUCGAACCGCAUGUCGAGUUCUUCACUGUCAUGAAGCGGCCAUUGCGUGCUCACUUAGAGAUUGUACCAACAGAGAUCAGAACGAGAGUUAAUUAGCUAGCUACUAGGGCUGAUCAAAGUCUGCUUGGUUGUACCAUUGUGUUUGCUAAAUAAUUAAGGAAUCAUCUGAAUGUUUUUUGA